AUUAAAUUAGUAUGUUUCGUUUCUGUACAAAUAGAUAAAUGUACAAAUGAUUCUCACGAUCGAAGAAUAAUAUAUAAUUGCACAAAAAAUAAAACUCCGAUGAAUGUUCCUCUCGUGAAUAAAAAUUUAUUUGCGACUGAACGGCAGCGUCGAAAUUAGUGUCUCUUUAAAUAAAACGAAAUACAAGUUUUUAUUGUCGAGACAUUUUAUAGAUAUCAUGAGUUCUGGAGAGACAAAUAUACCGACAAAAUGGAAAUUAUGUAUGCAUGUGUUUUGUAGUUGGAAGAAUAUUCGGAUGACGAUUGAAUUUGAAAUAUUUAUAUCUAUUAUAUUUAGAGAAUUAUGAAUAUUUACGCAAUGGUUAUUAAAGUAUGUGUAAUGAAAUUAGUAUACAUAUAUGCUGAUCACGAUGUCUCUAGUUUUCGAUUGCACUUGACAUUUAGACCUUAUUUUAAAUAAUAUUGUUUCAUAUAUUUUACAGAAAUGAAGGUAUGAUUUACACAUUAUGUAGAACACGAAUGAAAGUAGUGGGAGGUCUGGCAUAAGAAACUUAACGUACGAAUACUUUAUUAAUUCUACUCGUUAGUUCACUGCACGUAGUCUGAUUUUAUAUUUGAGCCAUACUUCGCCUUACCUUCCCGUUUUCCUUAUUUCAUAUCCCUACCCAGAGUGAUUGGAAAGUUUCUGUUAGGUCCAUGAGAGAAAUACAGUCAGUUGUCUGAUUUCUCUCGCGUAUUAUUAGUGAACAUCAAGAAAAUCCGAUUCAUCUGACACGAUUUCUGUGCUUAUUGAUAAAAAUUAUAAAAAUAAAAUCAUUCAUUAUAGAGAUACAAGAUAAAUAUAUAUCAUAGAUACGAUGUUUAAUAAUAAUUAAAAUCAAGAAAAGUUAAAGAAGUUAUUUAAUUUCUACAAAACACAAUAAUGGAAGAUUCAACGUCGUGUUCAACGAGAAAAAAAGAUGAGCCAAGCAAAGAACUUUGUGACGAACUUCUUUCCGAGGCUAAAAGUGAAUUUCGCGAGGAAGUUUUAUCGGAUGAAUCAAGUAAAAAUAAGUUUGUGGAACUAGCGUCGAUAAAAAAUAAACUAGAGCAUUUGCCGAAGUUAAUUGUGUAUGGAAAAGAACUGAAAGUCGUAACAACCAUCGAUGAUAAACUUAAAGAAAAGGCUCGGGAGGAACUUCGUGAGACGCCGGAAGUGGUUGCUGAAGCCCUAAAAGAUAUCAGGAAAUUAUUGAAAGGAGAUAGCGACUUAUUCAUACCGGAUCAUGACGAAUUCUUAACGAUAUUCUUACGACCAUGCAAGUGGUAUCCAACUAGUGCGUUUCACUUGAUUCAAAGAUAUUAUCAAUUCCAUUUAAAUUACCCGUACAUAGUGGAGAACCUAACACCAAUGGAUUUAAAAAAAUGUUUUUGUUCGGAUUUACUAAUACCUCUUCCGACAGAAUGCAUUGACGGUAGUAGACUUCUGAUUAUACACGGUGGAGGAAGAUGGAAACCAAAGGAACAUAGCAUCUAUGAAUUAUUUAGAUGCCUAGUAAUUCUGGUGGAAGCUGCUAUUAAAGAACCAAAAACGCAGAUCACCGGUAUACAAGUGAUUAUCGAUGGAAAAAAUUUAUCAUUCAGUCACGUGCCUCAUAUCACACCAAAAUUUGCAGCUAUGUUGGUGGAUUGGAUUCAAAGAUGUUUGCCCUGUCGUCUGAAGAACAUCCAUGUUAUCAAUCAGCCUUUCAUAACCAAUAUGAUUUUUUCUAUCUUCAAACCUUUUUUAGCGGAAAAACUGCAUAAAAGAAUUCACUUUCACGGGACAAAUAGAGAAAAGUUGAUAAGUAUGAUAGGUAAAAAAGCGUUGCCUAAAGAGUACGGUGGUUCGGAACUGUCUGAAAGUCCUAUAGGAGAAGAUAUCUGGCAUUUCUUGUGUCAUUGGCAAGAGGAAUUCGAAAAUUCUCUUACAUACGGUUACAAUAAGAAGAAGAAGUGAGAAAAAAAUGUUAAUUAAUAUGAACGUUCAAUCCGAUUUUUGUCGUAUCAUCGUCAUACGAUGUAAAAACUUUUAAUAACAACGUUCAUCGAAACUA